AUGCCGCAGUCGGCUCUGGCGCGCCUCCUGAUGGACGACCAAGCGCUGACCCCGGGCCAGCCGAUGCUGUUCCAGAUCAGCAAUCCCGAGUCGGGCCGAGUCUCGCACUGCGGGGUCAGCGAGUUCACCGCCGAGGAAGGCAGCGCGCACGUCCUGAGCUGGAUGAUGGAGAAUCUGCAGCUCAAGGAGAGCGAUGAGGUUCGGAUCAAGAGCGUCCGCCUCGAGAGGGGAAGCUACGUGAAGCUGCAGCCGCACUCGGUGGAAUUCUUCGCGUCGAUUCGGAACCUGAAGGACGCGCUGGAGGGCAGCCUCAACCACAGCUUCUUCUGCGUGACUACAGGGGACACCAUCCUGAUCAGCCACUGGGGGAAGGAGUUCUACCUCAAUGUGGUGGAGACGAGGCCCGGCCCGGCGGUCAGCCUUGUGGAUACGGAUUGCGAGGUGGAGUUCGACACCCCGCUGGAUUACAAGGAGCCCCAGCCCAAGGAGAAGAAGAAGAAGCGAGAUGCUGCCGGCGAGUUGUUGGAUGAAUCGAAGGAGACCAAGUUUGUUGCUUUUACUGGGAAUUCGAGGCGGCUGUCGGGUGAAACAGGGGAAGCUCCGAUGGACGAGGCGGUUCAGCCGGAGGCCAAGAAGCUAAAGAAGCUUGCUGCGGCGGAGGACAAGAAGGCAGGGGUGGAACAGGGGAAGUUUGUUGCGUUUAGUGGGUCUGCGAGGCGGCUGAGCGGUGGAGGAGGAGGUGUUCAUCAGAAAGAAGAUUCGGGUGUCAAGGUAACCGAUGGAGGUAAGAUGGAGAAGAAAGAGGGGAAAGCAGAAAGCAGUGGUGCGAAGAAGGAACCCUGCAAGCCAUUUACAGGAAGGAAGUACACGUUAAUGGAUUGA